GUGUCACAUGUAUUCUCUGAAUAAUCUAUGGUAAGAUUAGUAGUCAAGGAUUUAUGAUAACGUUUUAUAAAUAUAUUUUACACUCGCGUUUAAAAUAUAACUUCUAUUUCGCUUGUGAUCUCGCCAAGAGCUUUCACGUUAGAUUAAGUGCCAUUGAAUACGAAGUGAAGAGUACACACGAGACGACAAAACGACGCAUUCGGCCCAAAAAUGGCAUUAAUUAGGAGAGCUUCUCACGCUGGUAGUUGGUAUUCGGACAAUGGUUCUGAAUUGAGUAAACAGUUGGAAGGUUGGUUGAGCGCAGCUGACUUAUCCCAUGGACCUGCAAGAGCAAUCAUUGCCCCGCAUGCAGGAUACAGCUAUUGCGGGGCGUGUGCUGGUUUUGCUUACCGACAAAUUAGUCCUGUAGUUGUCCGUAGGAUAUUUAUUCUAGGGCCUUCUCAUCAUGUGAGAUUACCAGGUUGUGCCCUAUCUUCGGCUUCCAUUUAUCGAACACCAUUAUAUGAUCUGCAUAUUGAUCAACAAGUGAGAAGAGAGCUUGAAGAAACCGGACAUUUUGAAUGCAUGGACCUGAACACAGAUGAGGAAGAACAUAGCAUUGAGAUGCAAUUACCAUUUAUUGCGAAAGUUAUGGAAGGAUUCAAGGACUCAUUUACCAUAAUCCCAAUUUUGGUGGGAUCAUUGAGUCCGGAAAGAGAAGCGCUUUACGGGAGACUGUUAGCACCUUAUAUGGCUGAUCCACAAACACUGUUCAUCAUCUCUUCAGAUUUCUGCCAUUGGGGACAACGUUUUCGCUAUACUUAUUACGAUAGAUCGUGCGGACCUAUACAUAGAUCUAUCCAAAAUCUCGAUAAAAUGGGUAUGGACAUUAUAGAGACUUUGAAUCCUCCAAUGUUCACUGAAUAUCUCAAGAAGUAUGGCAAUACUAUAUGUGGUCGACAUCCAAUUGGCGUUUUAUUGCAGGCAAUUCACAGUCUUAAAGGAAAUACAAAUGGUCAAAGAAUGAAUUUAAAAUUCUUGAAAUAUGCUCAAAGUAGUCAAUGUAAUAAUAUGAACGACAGUUCUGUCAGUUACGCUAGUGCUUCCUUAGUACUCGAGUGAUAAAACUGUACAAUUUGAGCAUGGUCGUCGACCAGUCUUAAUAUAAACAUUUUUUUAAAGUGGAAUGAUGUUUAACAGUAACGUGACAGUAAAGUUCUAUACAUUAUUAAGCGAGAUAGACUAAACGUUGAAAUUUUAUAAUGCAAAAGAAAAAAAAUCAGACACUGAAUUUAAACUGUUCUAAUAUUAUUUCAACUUUUAAUAUUAUUUGUAUUAUGUGGCUAUCACGCAAUGGGUGACGGUUGGGGUAAAUGUUAAUUCUUGCGCAACGUUUAACAGAUACAAGUGUAUUCGAAUCUUUUGUAUAAAUGCAUUUCGGUUUAUUACUUACAAGAGAUAUUCAGUACUUCCAGAUUUCACAAUAAAAAUAGGAAGGAGCUUAAAUAUUUCUUUGCUUUGAUUCGUGAUCAAAUUAUUUUAGAAUUAAUAGCAGAAUGUUUCUUCAUGUAUAUUUUUCAAAGAGCAGAUUUCAAACUAUCGGCAAAGAAGAGAAUAUUAUUAGCAUUUACACAAAUGAGAUUACGGACAUAUUAAAAUUAUUACAUAACUUAUAUAUCUAAAUUUAUAUUUUAAAUAUGCUAUUUGCAUUGGAAAUAAUAGAAUUUUUGUCUUUGGUGCUUAAAUUUUGUUUUACGCUAUGCUAUAAAUUGGUAUAAAUUUAAAAUAAAUUUUUUUAAGUUAACAUAAAUUAACUUCUAUUAGAAUUAUGAAAAAAUAUAUAUUGGUAUAGAAGGUAAUGCUUGCUAUCUGGAACAUUUAAACUUUUACACACAUACACAUACACAUGAGUGUGUGUGCAUGCGCGUGCGUGCGUGCGUGUAUAUAUAUAUAUAUAUAUAUAUAUAUAUAUAUGUAUAUAUAUAUAUAUAUAUAUAUAUAUGGAGGGUAAUUCUUAAUUCAGGGUGGCAACGUUUUCCCAUAAGAGAUGACUUACGGAGCAUCUAGUGUUUAAUGGAUUACAGUUGUAGUCGCAAGUCAUCUUUCGUAAAGCGUUGGCACAAAAAUUAAGAUUCACUCUGUAUAUAUACGUAUGUAGUGAAAAUGUAUACAGAACAGUGAAGAAAGUAAUAUCACUUUUUAAAUAUUUUACAUGAAAGUGAAACUAUUGACUGUCUAUAGUUUUUACAAUCAAAUAUAAUUUUAUAUAUCACAUAAAAGUAUAUCAAAGCUUAUUUGAAUUAUUUCAACGUCUAACUACGUUUACACGGCUCAAUUUAGGAAGUUACAACAUCGAUGUUGAUAAUUAUUGACAUUACUGUGUAAACGCUGUUUUACGAAAUUUCUAUAUCAAUGCAAACGUAAUCAAUAUGUGUAAUUUAAAUUAAAUGAGCUUAUGAAUAUUUUUUAAAGUCUCUUCUGUGCCUUUCAGUAUGAAUAAUCUGUGUAAUCGAUAUAUCAAUACAAAAAUUUUUGGACUUUAGAAUUUAAAAUACAUACAAAUAUAUAUCCGUGUCGUUAUCAUAGGAAAAGACCUAUUUGGUCGAAAUCAAGUUGGCAACAGAUUCGAUAAUUAGAGACUAUAAGCUACCAUUUAAAGUGUUACCAUGAAUCUUUCACUCUCAAAAUUGACAAAAAAAAAACUUGGAAUGUUAAAGUUGUAAACACGGUAUUAAAAAAAAGAUCAAGUUUAAGUUCAAAGUCCUUCAACCCUUUAUGAUACUUUUUUUAGUAUAAUUUUGUGAAACUCGUUUUCUGGGGUUUUUUAGGGUCACUGAAUACGAAUCCGGUGUGGAAAGUAUAAAUUUCAAACUAGCGAAUUGAAUAUGACGGACGCAAUUUUCAAUAUGAACUAAAUUUGUUUGAAACAUGUUACUCGGGAGUUUUAGAGAUUGCUGAUUAGGAAUCCAGUGUCAAAAAUACAAAAUUAAAAAUGAUGGCUAACAUAGCGGAUAGAAUUUUUAAAAUUAACUGAAUUUGCUUGAAUUUUUGAAAAUUACGCUUGCCAUAUUGGUCCGCUAUAUGACAUCUGGCAUUUCAAAUUUUGUAUUUUUAACAUCGGAUUCAUAAUCAGACUUCAAAAACCUCUAAAUAACAAGUUUUAAGCAAAUUCAAUCGAUUUUGAUAAUUUUGUCCGCCAUAUUGUAUCCAUCAUUGUGAAUUUUUGACAUCGGAUUUGUAAUUAGCGACCUCAAAACGCCCAGAUAAUGAUUUUGAAAUAUAAUUUGUUAUGUAAAAUUUUAUAUAAACAAAUUUAAUCUCUAAAAAUGACAAUUUUUAGUACAUAUUUAUUAAUAAUAAAUUAUUUAUUUAAAAUAUGACGCUAAAAUUUAAUUUAUUAGUUAGAGGAAACCUUUAGCAAUCCAGCAAUACCAAACGCACUAAAGGUCACACUUACGUGAAACAAUUGAUUCGUUGAUAAAAUAAACUGAUGCUAGGUGCAACUCUCAAUAGCAGUAAAUUAUCAUUAAAAUAGUUAUCUAAUGAAGACCGUUAAUGAAUAUUAGACGUUGUAAAUUAGAAUUAGAAUUUUAAAAUUAUUAAAAAAAAAUCGCAUUAUGAAUACCGACUUGUGAUUAAUAUUGAAGAAAAUUUUUGUAAAAAAAGAAAUUUACUUACUCAACAAUUUACAGCGCACAAACGAUACAUUCGAUCAUAUGAAAUUAUCGUAAUGACCAAAUGGACCCUUUUCAGUAAGUCGUGUUUAUCUUCGCAAUGGAAAUUAUUUAGCAGGAAAGAUUAACGCCAAGAGUUACAUCUCGGAUUUCUUUAUACGAAUCAUGAAACAAAUUUUUUUGUUAAUUUUAAACCGACAAAACAGUGAAUAUGUCCGAAACUAGAAUCGACCAAAUGGGCCCUUUCCUAUGACGAAAAAAAAACACACACACAUACACAAACACACACACACACACACACACACACACACACACACACUCGACAGCAAAAUUAAAGCAUCAUCUAUUCUGACUUCUAAAAAUAGAUGUAAUUUUGUUAAAAAUUAUCAUAAAAUGUUCAUAAAAGCAUUUCAAAGCUUGAAAUCUCUAAUUUCGAGAUUGAUAAUUAAAUGAUUUAAUGAGUAUUUACGAUGCUACACAGAUUCAAAUGGUCUUUUUUGCUUCAGUGUUGAAUAAUUUCGAAAAAAAUCAUACAAAGCUCAACAAGUAUGCAAAUUAAAAAUAAAGAUUCACGCUUUCGAAUGCUGUAAAUUGCAUUUGCAUGCGAUUUUUAUUUCACGUCGUAGAGCUUUGUAAAAUUUAUAAAAAAUGUCGAGAUUAUAACGCAUUCUCAUUUGAAUCCGUGUAGCUUCGUAAACAAUCAGUAAAUCGUUUAAUGAGUUAUCAAUCUUGAAUCUAGAAAUUUCAAGUUUUAAAAUGAACAUUUCUUUUUUGAACAUUUCUUUACGAUCAUUUUUGACAAAGUUACACUUUCUUAAAUUUCGCCUAUUUUUGGGAGUCAGAAUUAGGUGAUACUUUAAUUUUGCUGUUGAGUGUAUAUGCACACUUCAUUUUUUUCAUACAAAGCAAUGGAACGAUCUCAUAUCCUUCCUAUUCUAUAAUCUAUUGUUACCUAAGCAUAGAGAAGAGAAAAAAAAGAGGAAAAUAAGGCAGACAAACUAAAUGUUACUGUAACGAUGUAAGUUUGAAAAGGGGUCAGUAUAUAUAAUCUAAAUGUAUACAGUAAUUUUAAUUUCUAAUGUACCUUACUUUAUCUUUUUCUUUGUUUAUAUAAUGUAUUACAAACUUCUGCAUCGAACAAUAUAUUUCUCGUGAGCGUAAAUGUUAUCUGCGAUAUAGAAUUCUUUUUCGUUCACAAACAUCAAUUAAAACAAAUGAUGUACUGAGCAGCUGAUUCGUUUCAUAUGAUGUGUGAACAUGAUUGUAACAAAAAUAUUGUACGAUACGAAAAUAACUGAUCCUGCACAUGUUGCUUUUUCUAUCUUUAUAUACCAAGGUAAUAAGGUUUAUAUUUGUAUGAAAACCCAGUAUAAUCCAUACAUAUAUAUUUCAUAGCUGUGUAAUAAAAUUACGUGAAGAAAAAUA